AUGCAGAAUCAUUCGAGAGACCUACUCAGUGGCCCCUACAGCCCUUGCUGCAGCAGCAGCAACAGCAGCAGCAGCAGCAGCAGCAGCACCUGCUGCCACGACAACGGCGGCUUCGCUGCUUCCCCUGCGCCGUCGCGAGCGCCGGCCUCUGGAUCCGCUGCAGCAGCAGCAGCAGCCCUGCGCCUGCCUCCCACGUGUUUGGAACUGCUGCAGCAGCAGCAGCAGCAGCAGCAGCAGCAGCGGCUGCGGCGGGUGCCGCUGCUGCUGCCCUCGCUUGACAGCGUCUUGGGGGGGGGCCUCCCCCGCGGCUGCUGCCUCUGCGAAGUCUUGGGCCCCUCGGGUGCCGGCAAGACUUUGCUGCUGCUGCAGCUGUGUGUCUCUUACCUCUUGGGCAUAUCUUGGAGUUCUGCUGCUGCUGCUGCUGCAGCGCAGCAGCAGCAGCAAAACAAAUACAGCUUCCUGGGGCCCCCCCCUGGCUGUGCCCUUUUCAUAGACUGCAGCGGCGGCUUCCGCUGCUCGCGCUUUCUGGACAUUGCCAGGGGCGCCCUAGCUGCAUGCAGCAGCAGCAGCAGCAGCAGCAGCAGCAGCAGCAGCAGCAGCGGGGAAGCAGCAGAGGCUUUGCUGCAGCGGCUGGUGGUGCUGCGGGUGUUCAGUGCGGGCGAACUGCAGCAGCUGCUGGAGGCCCUGUGCCCUUCUGCUGCUGCUCGGGGGGCCCCCCACCCCCUAGAGGUCUUUGCCCUUCAGGGUCUUGGGGGCCCCCCCCAGGGGGCCCCCCAGCCAGGGGCCCCCAGCCAGGGGCCCCCCGGGGCUUCUCACGGCCAAACAGCUGGACGUGGGGGCCCCCUUGGGGGCCCCCACGUCCAGGGGGCCCCCACAGGCUGUCUUAGUCAGGGGGCCCCCAGUCAGGGGGGCCCCACCGAGGGGCCCCAGGGGGGCCCCCUCAGUAAGGGGCUGCCCAGCAGCCAGGGGCCCCUGGGGGGCCCCUCUAGUCAGGAGACCCCCAGCCAGGGGCCCCAGGGGGGCCCCUUCAGUCAGGGCCUCCUCAGCCAGGGGCUCCAUUGGGGGCCCCCUACUCAGGGGGCCCCCAGCCAGGGGACCCAUGGGGGGCCCCCCAGCGAGGGGCCCCUCGGGGGGCCCCCCAUCCAGGGGGCCCCCAGCGAGGGGCCCCUUGGGGGGCACCCCAUCCAGGAAGCCCCCAGCGAGGGGCCCCUUGGGGGGCUCCCCAUCCAGCGGGGCCCCAGCGAGGGGCCCCUUGGGGGGCCCCCCAUCCAGGGGGCCCCCAGCGAGGGGCCCCUUGGGGGGCCCCCCAUAGGAAUAGUUGUUGUUGAUGGGUUGAGUUCAGUUUUGCAUCCAGCCCUGCAGGGGGGCCCCCUGGGGGUGCGGCGUGCUGCGCUGCGUGUGGGGCUUUUGCUGCUGCAGCUGUGUGCAGCAACAGGAGCUGCUGCUGCAGUGGCCACCACAACUGUUGCUUCCCGAACAGAAGCAGGUGCGGCAGCUGCUGCAGCAGCAGCGGGGCCAGCAGCAGCAGCAGCAGCAGCUGCUGCUGCUGCUGCAGAUGCACAGGCGUAG